CCCACAGUGCACCAGGUUUCCAACAUGGCGGCGGGUGAAUAGCCCCUAUCUCCAGAGCGGGUCACUCGCUGCUUCCUGACCACCCGUAAACCAAGAUGCCGAAAGUGGUGUCUCGCAGCGUGGUGUGUUCCGACACCCGGGACCGCGAGGAAUACGACGACGGCGAGAAGCCCCUGCAUGUUUAUUACUGUCUGUGCGGGCAGAUGGUGCUGGUCCUUGAUUGCCAUUUGGAGAAACUGCCCAUGAGACCUCAAGACCGAGCACGUGUCAUCGAUGCAUCCAAACAUGCUCACAAAUUCUGUAAUAUUGAGGAAGAAGAGAGCAUUUAUAUUCGAAGACCACAAGGGAUAGAGAAGCAAUUCAGGAAAAAAUGUGGAAAAUGUGGACUUCUCCUCUUUUAUCAGCACCAGCAGAAGAAUACUCCAGUUACUUUUAUUGUGGACGGUGCUUUGGUAAAGUUUGGCCAAGGGUUUGGUACUACUAGCAUAUACAGCCAGAAACAGGAACCACCAAAGAAGGUGAUGAUGACAAAGAGGACCAAAGACAUGGGUAAAUUCAGCUCCGUCACUGUGUCCACCAUUGAUGAGGAAGAAGAGGAGAUUGAAGCAAGGGAGAUUGCUGAUUCCUACGCACAGAAUGCCAAAGUUAUUGAGAAGCAGCUGGAAAGGAAAGGCAUGAGCAAGAAGAGACUGCAGGAACUGGCAGAGCUGGAGGCUAAGAAAGCCAAGAUGAAAGGCACCCUAAUCGACAAUCAGUUCAAAUGAAUAUUUUCAUGAACUGCUGGUGGAUUCUUCCCAUAAUCCCAUAAUAAGUGCCCAGCCAACCAUCUUCAAAGGGUUUUGUCAUUUAAUGAAUCGGCUGUUAACCUAAACAGGGUCAUUUGUACCUUGCUUCAUGUAAUCUGUAGGGAAUAAGGAUGGGCAAGGAGAGGGAAGAAUUUGUAUGUUUGAGUGUCAAUGACUUUCAUAUUAAGGCUGCUUUAUGUAUCAACAAGGAGCCAUCUUGUGUUUUGAUAUUUGCAGUUGUACUAUAGGGAUCUAAACACGUGUGUUGUAUGAUAGACUUACUGUCUUUGUGCAUCUGCUAUAUUUUAAUAAAUUAUAUUUUUCACUCCCUCAA